AAACCUCAAUUGCUAGCUCAAUAUUCUCUCAAGAGAGGAGUGUUUGCACAUAACUUAGAGAUGGGCCACCGUUGCUGCAGCAAGCAGAAGAUCAAAAGAGGGUUAUGGUCUCCUGAAGAAGAUGAGAAACUUCUUAGAUAUAUCAACACACAUGGACAUAAAAGUUGGAGUUCAGUGCCAAAAUUUGCAGGCUUGCAAAGAUGUGGGAAGAGUUGCAGGUUGAGAUGGAUUAAUUAUCUGCGGCCAGAUCUGAAGAGGGGUUCCUUCACUGCUGAAGAAGAGCAGAUCAUAAUUGACAUCCAUAGAAUUCUUGGAAACAGAUGGGCACAAAUAGCCAAGCACCUACCAGGAAGAACAGACAAUGAGGUCAAGAAUUUCUGGAACUCAUGCAUAAAAAAGAAGCUCAUUUCACAAGGCUUAGAUCCACAAACCCACACUCUCCUGUCUUCUCAUAGGAGAAGCUCAGCAUGUACCAUCUCCAAUAAUAUCCAUCAAAAUUCCAAUUCCAUUUUCAUUAUGAGUUCACACAUACCAAAUGCACCCUUUGAAACUACUUGUCAAACCUUUUCUACAUUACCUAAACCUCCACCAAACAUUGUUCAAACCCCCUCUAGCAUUGUUUCCUCAGAAUUUCAAACAUUAUCAACUAUUCUUUCAGAUGAUGGAGAACCCCUCCAACAUUUGCCUUAUGAACUAUUAAUGGAAAACGCCACCAACAUUUGUUCACCUACAUACAUGAACCCCUCAGCAGUUGAAUUGUGUAACGAUGACAACAAUGUGAAUUGGGUUUCAAGACUUAAUGUUCAUGAUUUCAGUGCUCAAACACUGGAAGAAGGAGCACAAGUACUGCAGGUGCAGCAAGAGAAGGGCAAAACUUUUGAUGAUAAGGGAAGUGAUGUGAGAGAAGCUAACAAGGGAAAUCUUGAAACCAGUGUUUCUUUUGAGAGUUCUAACUUUGAUCUUGGGUUUUUGGAGAGUGUACUUACCUCUGAAUUCAUCUCUCAUGAUCUCAAUUGUAUGGAUGAACUUGCAUGGAACUUUUAGACCAUACUUCAAAUAUAUUCGUUGUUUGUGUAUAUUAGAAAGCAAGUUUCGUUCCAA